AUGAAGGAUGUUUUGCGCCCCGGAGAGGAAGAAGAGGAAUGGGAGGCAGAUGGAGAGGAAGUGGGGGGAUCAGAUGGGGGCGGAGGAAUGGUCCUCAAACUCAACGAUGAGGCUACCGCAAUCAUUGCUGAGCUCGCAGCCGCACAUUGUCUCUCUUCUAUUCACGAUCCACUUCGAUGGCUGCAAGAUAUUGGGAAUUUUGUGCAAGUCCCAUCUGUGGACGAUGAAUCUUUGUUAUCACUGGUGGUGAGGUGUAGAGGAAUGAUGGGCAAGGACAUUCGUAUCAAUUUCAUGAUCAUGAUUAAUUUCAUGACACUUGUUUGUAAGUGUCAGAGCAUCCGCCUCAAGACAGGCUUACACCUGAAAGGGAUUUAUGAGAAUGAAGUCAAAGACCGCCCUUCAGAGACGAAGGUCACUUAUCGCACUUUUUUGGAGUGGCAUGCUACUGGUAGCAAGUUCAUUGCCAUCGCAUGUGGUGGCUCCAUAUAUGCUUUAGUACUCAUCGCAGGCCUUGGUCUUAGAGUGUCCAUCGCAUCCAUGGUUGGAACCACGCACUUACAUCUAGCAGACAUGCUACGAUCACCUCCAAGGGAUUCUCCUCAAAGAAAGCUGAUUCUUGAACGCAUUGUACCCACCAUCGCACGCAUGCGACUCUCCCAUCCCUUCAGUAUGACCUCAAUGUUCUCUCGCGCUUUGAUCGAGAGAUUCUCCAUCUCAAAGGAUAUCGACUGCACAGACUUCUCAGCAUCUGAUCGGUUUUUUGAUGCCAUUAUCCAAAACGCAUUCACACCACUCCGUAGAAGUGGACAUGUUUGGCGCGCUUGCAUUGCGCCUGUGCCAACUGAUCUUCAAAGGCUGCCUUUACACACUGUCAAUCACAGUGAGCUCUAUGGUGUAGGUCGUCCUUAUAGUCCACCAUUAUCCGACAUCGAGGAGGACGAGAUCGCGCAUGUUAACAAGUGCUUCAAGCCUCCUCGCGACAAGGUCCUGAACACUAGCUGGAGUGCGGCGGAGAGGUUACGAGCAGAGGCGGGUGAAAGGGUGAAAAGCCUGGAAGACUUACGCAACAAGCUCAAACCUUUCUAUCGCAAUGGCUAUCAUGCCAACUCAACCACCCUAGAUCUUCGAAAACAAGGAUGGUCGUUUAUGGCGUUUGUAUCUACUGCACCUUCCCACCCAAUACGCGCUUCUCUGGAAGUCAAUUACUGGCUUGCACUCGGAAAUGCAGACUUGCUUGGAGAUAUGGAUACGCGCUUGCCUGGAGGUAGACCCUUUCCAGGCUAUGCACCUCUCUUGGUACAAUCGCCAUUGUACAUCGACGUUCAACCUUGGCUGCUAGAGAAGGAAGGAAUGCGCACAAACCAUGGUCAAGUUAUUCCCUACAUAUCCCAGGACUUACAACAGCACAGACUCGUAUACGGAACAAUCUCAAAGGUGUACGGGGAGUUAUUUGAGUGGGCAAAGGCAAAAGACCCGCCUUCCCCUACUUCCUCAGCUCCUCCUGCUAGUAAUAAAGGCAAGACAAAAGCAAGCAAAAUUAUAACUGAUGACCAGUAUGACGAAUUCCUGAAGUUUCAAGCUCAAAAAAAGAAGGAAGCUGAACUCAAUCAUCGCAAAGGUUUGAGGAAGAAUGUUGACGCCAUGCUAGAUGAAGAAGAGAGUAAUACUGAGCAUGAGAUUACGGAGCAUAACAAGAGGAAAAAAGUGAGCAAGAAGGCAAAACCUAUGGACACAGAUGAAGAAAAUACGCCCAUAGCCAGUGAAGAUUCAGAUCAUUCGCGUCACCCAGAGGCAGAUUCAGCAAUAGAGACAGACGUAGCUGGAGAGCAGUCUGUGGUUAAGAAGAGAGGCAAUGGUCUAAUAGAAGUCAAGGAUGAGUCGCAAGAUGAAAUGGCUGUCAGGCGUCGCAGAAGGGGGGCCAAUAAAGGUGAAGUCAGACCACCUACUACCCUUGCAUCUUUAAAAAAAGAUGGAUGCGGACCUUUGGUGGAUCUUGCUCAUCAACUGCUGAGAGUAAAAAUUGCCCUGGAGAACGCCUUUCCUGGUCCUUCUGUAGAUGUCCAGGACGCCUUUGCCUGGAACUGUAUCAAGGAGGCUGGUAAAGAAUCAGGCUCCCCAAUGAAGGUUAUGUUUGAUCGCAUUAGUGAAGAUGAUACACUCAAAGGCAGGGCAUUGGCAUAUGUAUGGUCAGGUGCAUCUCAGUUAAGGGGGGAGUUGGCUAGGAAGGCUAGAGAGAAUGCCAAGACCUUCAACAAGAACCUUCCUUUCCGCACACACCUCAUCAAGCAACUUCUCAUGGGCCAAUUUUUUCAGGGCGCUGGUGCUGAAGGAUUGCUUUACAAGGAAGAAUUUCAAAAGCUUCCUGAUAAUCUUAUUGCGCUUUUGGCAGCUUCAAUAGAGUGUGCAUACAAAGGCAUGCUCACAGGUACACCAGUUGUAGUAGAGUUCAAGGAACCAGUGUUUCAACCAAGACAUCAGUACUACUUGUCUAAACUCACUGAGUAUAGCCUUAAGACUCCAGGCUAUAUGAAGAAAUUGAGAGAUGAUCUGUGGACUGAUAUUGGAGAGGCUUGUCGUUUCCAGCUUAGAGAAGAGGGAGGCGACAGUGAUGAAUCUGAUGUUGAUUUUGAUGCAAUGGAGGAGUAUGCUAGGCCAAUGUCUGGUGUAGCAAAUGUUGAUGAUGCUGUCGUCAACUGA